AUGCAUUUAGCAGGUGAACGACCUAAGAUUGCUUUGGGUACACCAGAGUGCUAUGUCGAAUUGGCUAAACGAUGCAUGCAUUCAAAUCUGAAAGAAAGGCCUACCGCUAGAUAUAUAAAUGCAAGUGUAACCGCUUGGUUUGAAGAUCUUGUGAGUGAAAGCAACGAAAGUAUAAUCAAAAAAAAUUUCUUAGAAGCAGAUAACAUGAAGCCAAAUCCUGAAUCUCAAAAACAUUCAAAGCAUAUGUACACAAGUAAACGUAUCGAUGUGCGAGAGAUCACUAAAAAGUUUUCAAAAAUGGCUAUUAAUGAUCCGGUGGAUAGUGAAAUUUCUGAUAAUCUGAAAAG